AACUGCACUUGCUUUUUGAACAGUCAAGAUGGACGACAACGUUCGGCUAAGCGAAAUGGCAUACCUCAGUAUUCCGGACAAGGAGAGGUCCGAGAGUCCAUCACCUGCAGAGUCCUUUGGGUCUACCACAGACAUGACCGCUCCUAUAGCUGACUUUAAGUAUCAUCGACAGGAACCGGGUCUGACAGGCCACCUGGCGUUUGCCAUUGUUGCAGCAGCUUUGGGAUCAGCAUUUCAACAUGGCUACAAUACAGGUGUUGUGAACGCUCCUAAGGAUCUUGUAAUGGACUUCAUUAAAAUCGCAUAUAUGGAACGUUUUGAUGAAGAACCUGGACAUCAAACGGUCACCAUGAUCUUCUCCAUCAUGGUAUCCAUCUUCUGCAUAGGUGGGAUGGUGGGGGCUUUAGGAACCGCAUAUGUUUCCGAAAAGUUUGGACGGAAAGGAGCGUUACUGCUGAACAAUAUUUUCGUUUUCAUUGCCGCAGGACUAAUGGGGUUCUCUAAAAUGGCUCGAUCAUAUGAAAUGCUUAUCAUGGGCCGUUUUUUCAUCGGUCUGAAUUCAGGAUUAAAUGCAGGCUUAGCUCCCAUGUAUUUGACCGAAGUUUCACCUAUUCAUCUGCGAGGGGCAGUGGGAACCAUUUACCAGUUAGUAAUUACAAUUAGUAUCUUAAUCUCCCAGAUUCUGGCACUGCCACAAAUCUUAGGAACAGAAGAACACUGGCCGUAUAUUUUUGCCAUAAUAGUGAUCCCAGCAAUUUUUAUGUUGGUUACAAUGCCAUUGUGCCCAGAAUCUCCUAGGUACAUCUUAAUCUUUCAAGGCAAAGAGGUAGCUGCCCAGAAAGCUUUGACUUGGUUUAGAGGUACAAUUGAAGUUCAUGAUGAAAUGGAUGAAAUGCGAUCAGAGUAUGAAGCUAUGAAAAUGGUACCAAAGGUAACUCUACAGGAAAUGUGGACCAACCCCGUCUUCCGUACUCCACUCAUCAUCUCAGUGGUGGUCAUGUUGUCACAGCAGCUUUCUGGAAUCAAUGCUGCCAUAUUCUUCUCAACCGAAAUCUUUGAAAGUGCUGGACUGAACAAAGAAACUGCUUUGUAUGCCACAUUGGGCAUGGGUACUAUCAAUGUCCUGAUGACAGUUAUUUCUUUGGUCUUGGUAGAAAGAGCAGGACGACGUACACUACAUCUAAUAGGUCUUGGGGGCAUGGGGAUUAUCACUGUCAUACUUACUCUGUGCAUGUGUUUAAAGACAUUACUACCAUGGCUAUCAUACCUUAGUAUCGUGUGUGUGAUAGGAUUCGUUGUGAUGUUUGCUACUGGACCAGGUUCAAUCCCUUGGUUUUUGGUUAGUGAACUCUUUGGACAAGGAGCACGUAGUAUAGCCACCAGCAUUGCAGUAGCAGUCAACUGGAGUGCUAACUUUGUUGUGGGAUUAGGUUUCCUGCCUUUAGCUAAUGUUCUGGGAGACUACACGUUCCUGAUCUUUACAGUUCUAUUGGCUUUUUUCUGGGUUUUUACUUAUAAAAAAGUCCCUGAAACCAAAAACAAAACAGUUGAAGAGAUUACUUCCAUUUUUAGACAGAGAAUGUAUCAAUGAGACAAGUUCAAAUUUAAAUGUUGAAUGCAGUAUGUGACAAAUAUGUAUAAAAGAAUUUUGGUACACAACACUAUAGCUAACUCACCUAGAUCUUACAGCACAUCAGGAACAAGCAACACUUAAAUUUUAUCAUCCCAUACAGAAGCUACACGUAUCCUUGCAUCUGUGUCUGAACUGGGCAAUAAAUGGGCAAGCAAGCAGUUUUCUGUAGAUAUGAAUCUUAAUGUAACUUUCUUAUCUCUCUUUUGACAUUGUUGUUAACCCAUUAGAAAUUGCUAAUAAGGCACUUCUUUUUUAAGCAACUUUAAUUACUACAACAGAUCUUUAUCAAAACUGACAACAAAUGAAAACAUCCAACCUCUUUUUAUGAGCAAACAAAUUUAGAAAAAUUUUAGCCACGAAGAUACAAUGCUUAAAAAAACAGUAUGUAACAAUUUCAGUUAAUGUGCCUUCAAUGAUCUUAUCAUUUUUAAAGAUAUAAUAUUUCAGAGUAUUUCAGUAAAAAGCAUUUGAUUGUUUUUACACCACAUUAAAGCCUUCUGAAUGUUAAGUGACUUACAGUAGUAACAUCAAAAAUACAAUUACUAACUUUUAUGAUUUCACCCCAUGUGACAGAGCACUUACUAUGAACAUGUCUUAGUCAUUCCAUACUAGACUGGCACACAGCUUUAUCUCCAACUAUAUUAACCUAUUCACAAGUCAUGGGUAUCAACAUUAUUUUCAUGAUGCAUCUCGAAGAAAAUUAUUAGGAGUAAUGACACUGUCUACCAUUAGUUGGUGUAAAUAAUCAUAAAUGUUUAUUAAUCAUGUUGUCAUGAUAUCAGAAAAUACACAGAGAAACACAAGAGCAAUAUGUAUAAAAACAACAACAAAUCACCAAUUCAUGACUAACACAUUCAAUCUAAAAAUCAAUUUCAAGGUCCCUCUAACUUCCAACAGUGUGUGUCAAAAUGUCCUUUUUUCAUAAUUAUUGCUUUAAUGAAGUUAUAUAUUUAAAAUUACUUGACUAUUUUAUAGUUUAAAGCAUUCAAGUUUUAAAGCACAAUUUGACAGGUACCCACCCAAAUUAUUUGUAUCAUCACCAAACUGCUUUCGUAAGUUUAAUCACACUUUGACAUGAGAUGUGCAAGUAUCACAGUCAAGCAUUCUGUAGUAUCUAGACCUUCAUGUUCAACUUUCCCAAAAAAUUUAUGAACAAAAAAAUUAAUAUAGUAUGUUUUGGCUGAAGAAUAUAUUGAUGUAUAUUAUUGUUCCGAGCUCUGAAACUUUACUUUGUGUAUUUUAGUAUUAAUUGUAUUUACAAAGUAAUUAAAUUAGUAUGUGCUACGAGUGAUGAAACAGUUCAAGCCAAAUUUCAUAUAACUAUUUUAAAUGUGAUUGGCAAGAUUUUAUAUUUAAUAGUAAUGUGUAUGUGACAUUACAUCACAUUAUAUUAGUGGCACAGUAAAGAAUCAUGCAAGCUGAAACAUUAUCAGUGUUACUGUAAUGUAUUAUUAUUAUUACUGAAUGUAAUGUUCCACCAGCUAAGGCAUUCUGCAUGCAAAUAUAUAUAUAUCUAGUUUUUAAAAAGGUGUUUCUAAUAAUCAGUGUUUGCCCUAUUAGACAUAGAUGUAAAAGUAUUGAAUAAUACAAGCAUUGUGAUCAAACUCUUGCAUUUUGAGAAAAAAAAACCAUUAAAUUAUAGUAUGAGAUUUCGUUAGAACAAUGAAGCUCAUAACAAUGUGUUUUUAUACCAGUUAAAAGUCUUUGAAACUAGAUUUCAAUUUUCUUUAUACUAUAGAUGCAUUCAAAAUUAAUGAGAACUAGCAGCACUGUGUAAAAAUCAUAAGUACAUGAACACAUUAUGUACCAUUUACACAUACUUGCAUAAAAACUACUCUUAAUUUUUCCAGUGCUAUAUACAAAUACAUUUAUUUUCACUUAUAUGCAGUGGAAGUAACGAAAUGUUUAGUAGCGAAUCAGGCAGCAAAUUAGAUGGAAUUUGUUGAAUUUUUUAAACAUUUAGUUUUGUCUUUUUUAUGUUGGUUUUAACAAACUGGUUUUGUUGUGUGAGUGAUUUGGAAGUGGGGAAACACUUGUUAAGCAUUUAGUUUCUCUAUUUUUAUCUUCAUUAGUGAUCGAGUUAGGAAAAUACUAUAUCAGAGUUUACAAAAGUAAAUGAAAGGAUUUUUUUAGAA